AUGCCGGCCACUCAGAGCAAGACCGCCAUCGUGGAGCCCACCGAGCCCGCCGAGCCCGAGAUCGCCACCCUCGAGAGCAAGGAGUACACGCCCGAGGGACGCUCCACCGUCGUCGUCAACGCGCGCAACGACGACGGCAGCGGCGCCGAGGGCCGCGCGUCGGACCAGGACCAGGGGGAGGAGGGCGAAUCGCCGGUGGAGCGCAAGACGCGCUGGACCGAGCGCGGCGUCUCUUGCCCCGAAGGCUACGUGCCCGUCGGCGCGCGCCGCUCCGUCGCGCUCGCGACCUCCUCGCACGGGCUGACCGUCGAGUGGCUGACGGGGGUCUUCCAGGAGCGCGGCUUCCUGCGCCGGAGCGGCUGCGUGACGAGCGUCAGCGUCCGGCCGCUCGGCGAGGGCGAGGGCGUGAUGGGCCUCCUCGCCAUCUGCACCGUCGAGCUCCAGGGCGCGCUCGAUCACGCGCCUCCCCAGUUUGUCGCUAAGUUCAGCCCGGGGCGUGGCCGGCCCGAAGCGUACUUUAUUGGCGCCAAGCUCUUCCACAAGCGCGUGUGGAAGCGCAAGCCCGUCUUUGUGACGCUGGUCGAGAUGAUGCCCACGCCGCUCUACUCGCGCACCACCGGCUGCGACAACCUGCAGCACCUGCGGCUGGAGCCGCUCAAGUGGGUCUCGGCGCCGGGCACCGACAACAUGGGCCUCUUCAAGAACGCACUCAUCUUCUUCGCCAAGAAGGGCUUCCCGGCGCUCGAGGCUUGCUGGGGCGAGGCGUACGCGCCGGUCCUCGCGAUGAAGCCGGUCAUCAUGCAGAAGCUCAAGUGGUUCGUGCGCGAGGUGUACAAGCCGCCGCUCACCCUCUGCCACGGCGACGAGGGCGUCGACGACUACUCGCUCGAGGACUGCUGGCGCUCGUACCGGCUCAACCUCUUCCGCGUCCUGAUGAACGUCAUGUUUGUGACGUACGACCAGUUCGUCAAGGACGCGAAGCGCAAGCGGGGCAUGUUUGCUGACUUACGGCAUCGGCGCCUUCCUCGCGUGAAGCGGCGGCGGGCAGCGCCCCCACCCUAUUGCGUCGCUCGGGGACCGCGCAGCGGGCCGGGCCCCUCGAAGCGACGCCUCUCAUCUCUCGAGCUCUCUCGAGUGUAA